UAUAUUAUCAAUGAUCUUGGCCACCACAUCCUUGGACUCCUUGAGCAACUCCACACUAUUAUUGAGCCUCUUGCGUUUUUCGGCCACAGCAGGCGACUCCUGCAGCAUCCUGUCCAUCGCCUUCCCCUCUGGACCCAUCACCUCAUUAACAAUUUCCACCUCCAUUUCCUUGUUCACCAGAUUGCGUAUGCUAAACAUCAAAUGCAGGGCCAUGCAAUCGACCAUCCUUCUCAGCACAAUCUUCCAGUAGGCCGUCAAUCUCAUCUUCAGAAUCUCCUUAAACAUGUUCUGGUUGGCCAUGAGCUUGCUCCACGAAGCCAUGUACUCAGGGUCGCACGUGUAGUCCGUCAUCUUCUCCAUCUCGAUCAUAUCCACAACCCAAACCUCCGACUGCUUCCUCUUCAUGGCCACCAGGUUCCGGGCGGCUUGCCUCAUGGACGAGAG